CAUUGUCGCGUGUUUUUUUUAUUCGUCGUUGAGACUCGUCAACGAAUGCACGUGAAAUGCAGUCGGAAUCAAUGCGUUUCCCUUUGAAGUUUACCACAUAUGUUUUUCGUGCGUGGGCAUGCAGCACCGAACUAUCGUCAAGGAAAAUUCAAAAUUCUCCUCUGUUGGAUGAUUAAGAGAUAAAUAUAUUGGAUGGGCAUUAAUCUCUUGCCUAAUCACACAUCAGUUUGAACAAUGAAGUCUUCCUAUAUAUCUGUUCAAGUUUAUGUCAACGGAUAUCGACAAAGUCUAUGGAAAAGAAACAUACGUAAUGUUGUCACUUGCAUACUGGGUGCAUAUACACAAAGAGUGGCGACUUACUAAAAAUUAUUUGAUUAUUGGUCCUCCUGCUUAUAUAAUGCUCCAAGAAAAUUAUAUCUUUGUCACUGAAUUGGCACAUUUGUGCAGAGAAAGAACAGCCGCUUCUAUGAGUACCAUUCGUCUGUUGCACUGUGAUGGAAAAGAUACUAACAACAAAAGCGCUUCAACGUUUAUUUCUACAGAUAGAAUGGCAUAUGAGGUAUUUCUGGGUGGAUCCUGUAAUCCAACCACAUGGAGGUCAGAAAUAGCGAUACCGACUCUACAGAGACUCGGGAUCACUUAUUACAAUCCCCAAGUGUCGCAGUGGGGACCGGAAUUAAUAGCUCAAGAAUACGAAGCGAAACAAACAGCGAAAGUAUUACUCUUCGUAAUUGAUAAUCAAACACGCAAUAGCGCAGGCAUCAUUGAAGCAGCUCAGUUGGCAGCUACGCGCCGCGAGUCUUUAAUUCUUGUUAUUUAUCCGUAUCGUCAGGGUCAAACGAUACUUGGCGAAACUGUAUCUCUUCAAGAAUAUUGUGACCUGAUGAAUGGAUUGCUAGUACUUCAGUAUCUGAUGGAGAGACAGAGGAUACCAAUAUUUGAAAGUGUAUCAGUUGCUCUGAAUUGUACAUCCAAGAUGCUACGUGAGGAAAUUAACGUGGAAGAUCUGCAUGCCGAUGAUGGUAUUAGGCCGGUAUCAUUCGGUCAAAAUGGAAUGGAUCUGGUUAUGCUCAGGGAGAUUUUCAAGUCUAUGGAUAUGAAUGAUAAUGGGGCCAUCAACUUGGAAGAAGCUUGGAUAGCAUUACAAUCGAGUGUCAAGUGCAACGUACCGUCGAUGUCGGAGCUUCUUAGUGUCGUGAACAAGUCGGAAGCGUAUAGGACGUUGAUAGACGAUGGAUUUCCAGCGAAGAGGGAUCCAACGGAAUUACGGAUAAACUUCGAACAAUUUUGUGCCUUAGCUACCGAAUCAGCGUGGAGGACGAAGAGCAACGGCGUCUCUUGUGAAAGUGAGAUACCUUCAGUUUGGAGUAUUUUAUGUAGGAAGGCGUCGAAAUUUCUUCGCAGAGCUAUCGUGCAACCUUUUAACCGUUUCCUAGAUUGGACCAAUUUCUUCGUGCCAGAAUCCGAGAAGAGAGACUUGUACGUUGGAGUAAUCGGUAAAGAUCAGUUUUGGUUAGAAACGACCGCCAUACCCUCGAUCGAAUCUAUUGGAUUAUCCUUAUAUCGAUCAAGCCUGAACGAGUACAACGUAAAAGUGUUGCCACAAGAAUUGCAGAGGAUGAAAAAUUCACGGUUAAUAUUAUUGAUCGUACCGCAACAUUCGCGUGGUGUCACUAUAAUGGCAUUGGCAGCUCACCUCAUUGGAUUACGCGCAAAAUUAGUCCUAUGCGUUCAAGCGCUUCCCGAAGACUGCGUAGUUUCUGGUGAAAAGCUAACUGAACAAGCCAUAAAAGACUACAAUCGGGGAAGAAUGUACCUGUCGGACUACGCGACGCGCGAAGGUGUACCUGUUUUUCAGAAUAUCGCAGAUGCUUUGCAACAUGCGAUACAGCUAGUUCAGCAUCUCUGUUAAUUUUCUUCUUUUUUUUUACAUCCCUCCUUUUUACUCCUCCCUUUUUUCUUUUAAUUUUCCUCAACCCCUUCCGUCCCUCUCCCGCUCCUACUCUUCUUCUUUUUCCUGUUUAUAUUUUUAUCUUUUUCUUUUUCUUUUUUUUUCAUACGAGUAAACUUUUCAAUUCACCAAUUAAUUUAUUUUUAUUAUUAGCGAUAAUGUUCAACUACUAAUCGAACAAACAAAAACAAAUUUGAGCUUGUCCUGAUUAAGUAAAGAAUCCAUCCAAUCCACAGUAGCUGUGAGAUUUACGAUAAAUCUUGAUAGUGUAUUAGCGAAAAGAAAUAAUAGCGUUAUCUCGAUUUGUUAAAAUUGGGAAAUAUUUACAUUUCGAACACGCAACGGAUUUCAUUUUCAUGAAGUUGCUCGUAUCGAGUCAGCUACAUUAAACUAACUUGAAUUUGAAAUAUUCUCGCGGUAGUUGAACAUACAUUUUAUAGUGAUUCAACUCAAUAAUUUUGUAACCAUUUGAUAACUGGUUGAGGAUUGAUAUACGUGUAUUGUACAUAGAUUAUUAGCUGUUUCUAACGAUCUAAUGAUAAUUAAUUUGAAAUUUGUUAAAACGGAUGUAUGAGCAUGCGUGGAAGACGUUUGAUAGUAUUAAAUUUGUGUGCGUAAAUGUGGACAAAAGACGCGUACCUGUGUACAAACAGAAACCUUUAUCUAGCGCUACUUUAUACUAUAUUGUAUGCUGUGACGCAUAACGCGGAUCCGUAUUUCGUCCGUGGGUAACAGAAAUUACGAGGAAGUUGUAAUUCUAGAAUUCUAUCUAUGUACGAGAAAUAUGCAGGACAAACAAAAGUGAAAUUUAACUGUAUGUAAAAUAUCUUAAACUCAUUCGAUAUUGGUUGAAAUAAUUUAAACAGUUCAGCGCAUUCUCUACCGCUUCCCGUCCCUCUUCACUUUUCGUCUUUGUCUGUCUUUCCUAAUUUUUCACUCACUUAGUCCUCUCCCUAUCUUUUUCAUUCACUCACUGACUCAUCCCACACUUUCUGCUGUUUUUAUAAUUUGAUGAACAUUUUCUUUGUACAAUAAAAAAAUAUUGUUUUUA